GAUGUCCUUGUUGCUAUGGAUCCAAUCGGCACUGGUCGCUGCAUCAUGACGCGAACAGUCGCGUUGUUGAUGACGGUGACGAUGCUGCGGCGGGCGGUUAGCCGGUUCCUGAGACCCGGAGGAUGGUCCAUAUUCACCCGGGAGGGCCCCGGGGUGAUUGUGAGCGGACAGUGGAGAGGUGCCAGCUUGGUGGUCGUGAACAAUUAUGCCAGCAUCUCGAAGAAAACCCGAGAAUUUCCCAGCCAGCUGGAUGACUUGUCACCAACCAUGCUGAAGAAGGACUACAAAGACCUGGAAAUAAUGAAUACGACCAAUGAUGUGGUUCUAAAGCUGCUGUCACUGGAAAUGGCAACUCAUAAAGAGAAGCUGAAACUGAAAACUAGCCAGCUGGUGGAGAAGGUGCAGAGGAGUCCCAGUGAUGUUGGCUCUACAGAAGUACAAAUUGCCAUCUUAACAGCAAAAAUCCGGAAUUACCAAGAGCACCUGCAGGUACACAGGAAGGAUAGCUAUGUUGUCCCAGUUAUUUACAAGAUACCAUGCAAAGACUGCCGAAAACAUUAUGUAGUGCAAACCGGAAGGAAAUUAGCCAUCAAGAUUCACAAACACCAACUAGCUGCCAAGAGAUAUGACCAACUAUCACUCAUUUCAAUACGCACGGACAAAGAGGAACACCAAUUUGACUGGUCACCCAUCCACCAGCAAACCAAGACACACAAAUAACAAGCAGGACAGAAUACCAACGUUUCACUAGAAGCAUCCUGAUGAUGUUACCUAAUGAGGUGACGAAACGUUUGAGCACCAGUCAACAACCACGUGCUGUCUCAGCAAACCACUUUCCCUUGAAUUUGCAAUUGGAUUUAUUGUAACUGACUUAUGUUUACGUCUCUAACCAAGAGGAAACAAGAGAUCUGGAUCUUCCUUCUCAAACCCUCAGUUAAUGUUAAAGAACUUCCUUUGGCAUUUCUAAAAUAAAGCCUCUUUGGCCUUUCCAGAUAG